AUGGCUAUUAAACAACUCCUAGCGGCUGGAUGCUUUGUGGUCUUGGUGGUUCUAUUUGAUCUCGCCACCUGUCAACAAGGUUCCAAUUCACAAUGUCAACAAACCUUUGUCAACAAUGCCAUGAAGUGUGUACAGAACGGCAGUGUCAACUAUCAGAAUUUGUUGUAUCUGACUUCCAACAGAUCACGAGGAAGUGCUCCACCAGAGGGAACUGAGGCGUUUAAAAACAGAGCUUGUCUAUCGAGAAUGACUAUAGAUUCCUGUGGUAAGAUGAUAGCAGCUACUAUGAGAAACAGCACCAUGUGUAUGAGCCCAAUGGAACAGCAACAGCUCAUGUUAACAGCUGCUAGCAUAUUCGGUGAAUUUGACAGAGUCUGUGCCCAUCCUUGUCGAUACACCCUGACACAAGAAAUUCGCCAGUGCUUCUCCUACUCCAUGAAAGGUGGUAAUUCUCAGAUCAAUCCACAGACGUUUUUAGACGAAGCUUCCAGGGGGCGCGGCAGUAUUAUUGGUUCUACGCACGAGCAAGUGCAUGACUUCUGUUUAAAUCGUCAAUCUCUACUGUCGUGCAUCAAGAAUAAAAUCAACAUCUGUCCCGAUGGACAAUACAUGAUGAAAAAGAUGAAAAUUGACAUCAUGUCCUUAGAAAGAGCUUUUGAUUUACUUUGUCAACAUCCUAAUGUAUAUCUUCACGGUCUCCAAUGUUUCAACGACCCUACCCAGGAGGUUCAGGUCUGUUACCGAGAAAUGGACAAUAAAUUAACCAACAUGCAAAUUUUGGAGAGACAACAAACUCUUACCGAUCAACAAAUCUAUAUGCAAGAAUGCAGUAUUCGUCUGAGUUUGAUGGACUGUGAAAUGGGAGCUUGGAGAAGACGCCAACACGCACCUUGCCAUCCUGCCAUUCUUGGUCUACACACAGAAUUGGAAUGCCGAUUACUCCCUGAUUAUUGUAUGAACUUGUUCCCUAGUUUGGUCCAACAACAUUGCUCCCCCAUGAAUUUCCAUCAAGAACAGAGAGCUCAAUUUGCCGGUGCCGCCUCUACCACUAUCACCCUUACAACAUUGUUUGCCAUGUUAUUUGUUUCUGUGUUUGCUAGAUCCUAAAUGUGUUGAUGUGUUUAAUUCUGACACUCAUGGGGCAUAACUAUGAGAUAUCAUAACUUAACAUUGGCAGGCAUUAUGGUUGGUCCAAGCAGUUAAACACUAGAGUUAGACCAAUUAAAAUACUGAACUUUCUAGUUUUGAUAUCUUGAAGUUAAAACGAUUUGUUAAAUCCUUAGAAAAUAAAAAUGUACAUUUAAAGCAAUUGGAAAACUAUAUUUCGUGAUUUUUCUUUCAAAACAUUCGUCUGUUAUGAAAAAUUAACCUAAAUUGAGUCCGUGGUCUGAAAAAGUUAUUGAAAUUCAUUUCGAUUAAAACCUUUGAUUAUUAGUUUGGUUAAGGAAAAUAUGGAAUAAGGCUUGACGUUUGCUCUAAAAUGUAAAAUAAUCCAUAACUUAGAAUUUCCAGCAAUGACUUCUUAAAUAUCAUGACAAAUGUUCGUAUGACGUCAUUUAACCGUUUGACUGAAUGAAUCUUUGUUUGACGGAUAGUGUCGUUAGGAAAUAGGUUUUUGUAAAUUUUGUAGGGUGUUAAAUUUCAUUUUUUAUCAUGGUUUUUUUGUCAUUUUCAUUAUGUAUAUAUUCAUGGUAUUUCAUUAUUAUAAUAUUUUUAAUUUGGUUUCAUUGAAAACAGUAGUUGAUAAAGUCCCAUUUGUAAAGGCGUCUGUAUUGUCAAGCAAGUUUGACAUGCGGCGUUCAGACGCAAGUAAUUUUUGUAUAUAAUUUUGUAUUGUGUAUAUUUUUUUCUAUUAUUCAAUAAAGCAGAUUGGUUU